AUGGCCGCCUCAGACAGUUCAAAGCCAUUUAUCCCUCUGUCCGGGAGCGCCUCGGACGGCUACUCGAGAGAUGGCCGCGCGACAGCGACCUGCUUCUGCGGAGCCGUGCAGCUCGAAGUUCCAACUACGAAACCAGGCCUAGUCGAGACCUUCGUCUGCAAUUGCUUUGACUGCCGCAAGAUCACGGCAUCCAUGUUUGCGUCCAAUUUCGUGGUUGACGACCGCUACAUCACCUACAUCCGCGGCAGGGAGAACUUGACGGCAUUCGCCCAAUCGAAGACGAUCGCCACGGGGAACACAAUGACGAAUUACUUCUGCAAGACUUGUGGCACGCUCAUGAACCGUGUCAGUUCGGGAUAUCCUGGGAAGAGUGUGCUUCGGAUCGGUACCGUGGAUGACUUCAACUUGCACGAGACGGCAUUGAAGCCGAGAGUGGAGCAAUAUGCCAAAACCCGGGUGGAGUGGUUGACCGGUGGGCGUGGUCUUGAGCAGCACGAAGGCGCUUUUUUUUAA